AUGCACCUCCAAUCCCUACCCCCGUGGCACAACCCCCCGUUAUACCCCCAGUGCCUACCCCGUCGCACUACCCCCUGUUAUACCCUCGUGGCUGCCCCCGUCGAACUGCCCCCCCGUGCAACCCCUACUCUCCCUCCCGUAGCCCCCAAUACGCCGUACCAUACAGUCAUCCCCCCUCUACCUUCCCCCAUUCCUAUCCCAUCUCAAGCCAUUAUCCCUCCACCUCCAUCAAUCACUAUCCCCAACCCAUCCGUCAUUGACGACGCCACACACGACUUCGGAUUUGAACCAAACCAGGCAGCGUUCUACACGCCGCCACCCACGAAUGUUUUUUAUCCCGGCUGUGUGUACGCCGAUUUCUCUGACUCCGCGCCUUCCUCACUUCGAGCUCAAAUCGCACUUAUCCACACUGAUCACUGCGAAUCAUCCAACCCAAUCGCCGUGACCUUCUCCGCCGUAUGA